AUGGCGUCCUUGCGAACGCAUCGCAGUAGACAGUUUGCAGAUGAUCGAGAGCCUCUGCGCAACAGCAACACCCUGCGGAUAGUACAGUCGAGAGUCAGGGGACCAGUCGCUUUCUUGAACCCAACACAAGCACACUACGAACACAAGAUAGCCAUAUCGCCAAAUCGAGACCGCCCUAGCACAACGGACUUGAUCCCGCUUGCUGAGUCUUCUACACUUUCCACUACAAACAUUGAGUACAGAUGGACCGCUCGAGACAAUCGUAAGGGACGACACACCCUUAUCACGAGACCUCUCUCCGUGGAACAUCCAGAGACAAACAUCUCCACACCCAGAAGUACUACGAACUGGCGAUCUAUUUUGCACACGCUAUGGCUGAUGAUAACAUUCUACCCUGUAUGGGACGUAUCCUGGUGCGUAGCGUCCAUCUUCACCCUCGGCAGCGUUCUGUGGGUGAUCAACUCUCUUUUCGUCUUCCUUCCUUUGAUCCGACCCUCGUCAACAUUCCACGAUGAGGCUCUUGUUGGAGGAGGAAUCACCGCCUUUAUCGGAGCAACAAUCUUCGAAGUCGGAAGCAUACUUCUCAUGUUGGAGGCCAUCAACGAGCAUCGGGAAGGCUGUUUCGGUUUCGCAGUCGAGUCAACGUAUGACGUGUACGCUGGUAGGGCUGAGGCUGUGAUGACAAGCCACUUGCGAAUCACACCCCAUGGUUGUACCCAUCACCAUCAAAACAAGAAGAACCUGGUGGGCAAGCCAGACCGUGUAACACGCAACGCGACACCCGUUCUUCCCUCGGCCAAACCUCAGCUAGUCAAGACGGGUUCGUGGGUUUGGUGCCCUCCAUGGAAUCAGCUCAAAACUCACUACCUCCAUGAACUCGGCUUUAUCGCCAGUCUCAGCCAACUACUUGGAGCCACGAUUUUCUGGGUCAGCGGGGUCACGGCCCUGCCUGGAAUAUACAAUGUCCUCUCUCCCGGCUUGAGUGAUGGGAUUUAUUGGACGCCACAGGUCGUCGGUGGUGCAGGAUUCAUUUUGUCUGGUUGGUUGUUCAUGGUUGAGACGCAGAAGUAUUGGUGGCUUCCAGCACCAACAGUCCUAGGAUGGCACAUAGGUGCAUGGAAUCUUAUUGGCGGCAUUGGUUUCACACUGUGUCCUGUAUUUGGUUACGGGACCAGCAGUUGGGUGCAAUACCAAGCUUCAUGUUCCACGUUUUGGGGUUCCUGGGCGUUUUUGAUAGGGAGUCUAAUCCAGUUGUACGAAUCUCUUGACAAGACACCAGUCAAAACGGCAUCUUCUGUCUAA